AUGGCUCCAGGCGGCGGAGGUAAUAUUAAGGUCGUGGUGCGGGUGCGGCCUUUUAACAGUAGAGAAAUCGACCGCGGCGCAAAAUGUAUCGUGCAGAUGAAAGAUGCCCAGACGAUACUUACCGCACCGCCGGGCGUGGAUUCCCAAUCGUCGCGAAAGGGUACCAAGGGUGAAGCUGGAGCGAAGGUUUUCGCCUUCGAUCGUUCAUACUGGUCAUUUGACAAGAACGCAGAGAACUAUGCAGGCCAGGAUAACCUGUUCGAUGACUUGGGUUCGCCGCUGUUGGACAAUGCCUUUGGUGGAUAUAACAACUGUAUCUUCGCGUACGGGCAGACUGGCUCAGGCAAAUCGUACUCAAUGAUGGGAUACGGCAAGGAGUACGGUGUGAUCCCGCGGAUUUGUCAGUCCAUGUUCGAGCGUAUCACCGGAAUCCAACAAGACAAAAACCUCAAUUGCACGGUCGAGGUGUCCUAUCUCGAAAUUUACAACGAACGCGUUCGCGACCUGCUCAAUCCGUCAAAUAAGGGCAAUCUCAAAGUUCGUGAGCACCCGGCUACCGGUCCUUAUGUGGAGGAUCUGGCGAAAUUGGUGGUUCGAUCUUUCGACGAGAUUGAAAAUUUGAUGGAUGAGGGAAACAAGGCGAGAACGGUGGCGGCAACGAACAUGAACGAAACUUCCAGUCGUUCCCACGCCGUGUUCACAUUGACUCUCACUCAGAAGCGCCAUGAUACGGAGACCUCAAUGGAUACCGAGAAGGUUUCGAAGAUCAGCUUGGUGGAUUUGGCAGGUUCGGAGAGAGCCAACUCCACCGGUGCCACCGGUGCGCGUUUAAAAGAGGGUGCCGAGAUUAACCGCUCCUUGUCGACGCUCGGUCGUGUCAUCGCUGCUCUGGCUGAUGUCUCGGCUGGCAAGAGUGCAGCUGGAAAGAAGAAGGCUGCAUCCAUGGUCCCAUACCGUGAUUCAGUACUCACGUGGCUGCUGAAGGAUUCACUAGGAGGUAACUCCAUGACCUCCAUGAUUGCUGCCAUCUCUCCGGCAGACAUAAACUUUGACGAGACACUGAGCACACUUCGGUAUGCCGACUCUGCCAAGCGAAUCAAGAACCACGCUGUCGUGAACGAGGACCCGAAUGCUCGUAUGAUUCGUGAGCUCAAGGAGGAAUUGGCACAACUGCGUUCGAAGCUCGGAGGUGGCGCAGGAGGUGCUGCUGGUGUCGCCGGUGCUGUGUCCGCAGAAGAAUACUAUCCACCCGAUACACCUUUGGAACAGCAGAUGGUCUCUAUUACGCAAGCAGACGGCACCAUCACCAAGGUCAGCAAAGCCGAGAUUGUGGAACAGCUCAACCAAAGUGAGAAGCUUUACAAAGACCUGAAUCAAACAUGGGAGGAGAAGCUGCAAAACACAGAGCUCAUUCACAAGGAGCGUGAAGCGGCUCUUGAAGAACUUGGCAUCAACAUCGAGAAGGGGUUCAUCGGACUCAGCACUCCAAAGAAGAUGCCUCACUUGGUCAACCUCAGUGAUGACCCCCUGCUGGCGGAGUGUCUAGUCUACAACAUCAAACCCGGGACUACGACUGUGGGACAUAUGGACCAAGGAAACAACGUUGAAAUCCGACUGAAUGGUUCCAAGAUCCUUGAAAAGCACUGCACGUUCGAGAGCGUCGAUAACAUCGUGACGCUUGUUCCCACAGAAGGCGCUGCGGUGAUGGUCAACGGCAUGCGAAUUGAGAAGCCUACACGACUCAGGAGUGGGUUUCGUAUUAUUCUUGGAGAUUUCCACAUCUUCCGAUUCAACCACCCCCAAGAGGCCCGCGCCGAACGGGUGGAGCAAAGUUUAUUGCGGCAUUCCGUGACAACUAGCCAACUUGGUUCGCCAGCACCGAACAAAACCCAUGACCGCAGUUUCAGUAAGACUGGGUCCGAGAUCGAUGGUGAUUCGAGUAGAGCGGAUUCUCCAAUGCCGUCACAACGUGGCCGCGAAUCAGAUUGGUUCCUUGCCCGAAGGGAAGCCGCUAGUGCCAUGCUAGGACCGGAUCAUAUCUCAAAUAUGCCCGACGAUGAACUUGAUACACUCUUCGAGGAUGUGCAGAAAGCUCGGGCAGUACGCCGCGGUCUUCCAGAGAAUGAGGAAGACUCGGAUUCGCUGAAUUCAUUCCCAGUGCGGGACAAGUAUAUGUCCAAUGGGACUAUCGACAAUUUCUCUCUGGACACGGCGAUCACGAUACCCGGUACACCGCGUCAAAAUGACGACGAUGAAGGGACCAAUGGUGUUUCUCUUAAAUCGGUUCGCCAAGAUAUGCAGCGUCAACUGGAUCGCCAAAAGGAGGAAUAUGUGGACAAGCUGAAGAAUGCAGAGGCUGCCUCUAACCCAGAUCCGAAUGAGAUUCAAACCGAGAAACAGCGCAUGGAAGACGCGCUUCGCUCUGCUAAAGAGGAAUUUGAGGAGCAAUUGAAACAGCAAAAGGAAGACUUCGAGACCCAGAUGCGUGACAUGGGCAAGCCGAUUCCACAGAUUUACGAGAACGGCUUCGCCAAAUUGAACGAGCGCGAACUUGAGAUCGCGCAAGCUGUUUUCCAGCAUUGGUCUCAGCGCAACUAUGUCCGCAUGGCCGAGAAGAUUCUGCAACAUGCGUCUCUUCUGAAGGAGGCACAGGUCAUGAGCCAAAUCAUGGAUAAAAAUGUGGUCUUCCAAUUUGCCAUUGUGGACCAUGGUCACAACAUGGCUUCAUCCUACGACCUUGUGCUGAACGGAAUUUCGGGCGAUGAGGACGUCGUGCUUGAAGAAGCCAAGAAACCUUGUGUCGCGGUCAGGGUCAUCGAUUACAAGCAGUCUGUGAUCCAUCUGUGGUCGAUUGAGAAACUCCAGCGUCGCGUUCAGUCUAUGCGCCAGCUGCAUCAAUACAUCGAUCGCCCCGACUACAUCCAACACUUCAAACUCGAGAAUCCCUUUUCGGAGCCCUGCUCGCCGCAGUAUUCUCUGGUUGGAGACGCUGAUAUUCCAUUGACCGCCGUCUUUGAAACCCGAGUGCAAGACUUCUCCGUCGAGAUCACUUCGCCCUAUACGCAGAGUGUUGUUGGAAUCAUCCGGUUAUCCCUUGAGCCGUCUUCAGCCCAGGCACCUUCAUCAACCUUGAAGUUCAAUGUCGUCAUGCGCGACAUGGUCGGGUUUGCCGAAUGGGAAGGAACUGAUGUUCAUGCACAACUCUUCGUACCCGGUAUCUCCGAAGAAGGAGGUGCAACCACGACACAGAUGAUCAAUGGCUUCGAGGAGAGUCCAGUCCGAUUUGAAAGCGUACACAGCAUGAGCCUUCCACUCUCGAGUCCCCGAACGGCUGCACUGAAGGUCUGCGUCUAUGCUUGUGUGACAUCCGUGCAUAUGGACAAACUUCUGAGCUGGGAUGAUAUGCGCGACUCGGCAGAAAUCACGCCCAAGAAACGCACUACACCCAGAAUUGCAGAAUCCGAGUUCUAUUCGGAGGAAAGACACGACGUCUUUGCACGAAUUCAGAUACUGGAGCUUGCGGAGUCUGGCGAAUAUAGCCCCGUUGAGGUUGUUCAAAGCAGCCCUCUCGACGCUGGCACUUACCAACUCCACCAAGGUCUGCAGCGUCGUGUCUCGAUCAAUCUCACUUACAGCUCUACUGAAAGCCUCCCUUGGGAUGAUAUCACCAAUGCUCGCGUUGGCUCUGUCCGACUUCUUGAUCCGUGGGGCAAGAUUCCUGAUCAAGAUCUUCAAACUCCAGACGUCCCUCUUAAGCUUUCCCAAGAGCCGAUGGUUAAGGACAAUGCCGAUGGAACCUCGAAUGUCACAAUCAUGGGCCAGUGGGAUUCCAGUUUGCACGGCUCCCUUCUCCUCGAUAGAGUCACCGCGGAUAAAUACCGAGUGCAAGUGACGGUUCGGUGGGAUCUUAAAUCUUCUCGCCUCCAGACACCUGUCGUGUUUGAGGUCGAUCAGACUCUCCAGAUUCUUGGGCGCACCUAUGUCCGCCAGCAGUCGAUGUUCAAGCAGCUCUGGAGCUCAACCCGAGUCGUGCACUCGACAACUCGCAUGUACUCGUUGGUUAUUCGGCCGAUCUCAGCCAAGCGAGCUGCUGAUCUCUGGCGGAUGAAUACCCAGAACGACUAUGUCAAAGGCGAGGAGCUCCUGACAGCUUGGGCUCCUCGUAAAGUGUCGCUGGUUCGAGACUACAUCGCUGCCCGCAAACGCCGAUACCGUGUGGCUGAGUUGCAUGCCGCCCGUGGAGCUCUCAGCGCAGGUAGCCUGAUGUCACCGUCCCCCAAAGGCAGUGGACGGUCGACGCCAAUGCGCAAUCAUGAACUCAACGAACGCAAAUCCAAACUUCUUCAGAAGUACGUUGACCUGUGGUCGACUAAAAAGGAUCCAACCGAGGUUAUCCUGGUCCGAAGCAACACCGACCCACCGGCAGACGGUGCCGCCAAAAAUAAGUCCAACGGCACUGGCGGUGUGUUGGACAAAAUGUCGCUCAAGCCUCGUUUUGUGGCUACCAUUCAAACCCUUCCAAAGAACCCAUCUGCACUGAAAACGGGGUACAUGCUUACCCCCGACGACACCAACAACAUUUGGGUCCGCCGGUUCGUGGAGCUCCGCCGGCCGUAUCUCCACAUCUAUAACCCCGAGGGAGACGAGAUCAACGCCAUAAACCUGCGCAAUUCCCGAGUGGACCACGCUCCCGACUUUGCUCGCCUGUUCGACGGGUCCGGCGCCGGAAAUGACCGCUCUCUCUCUGCCAGAGGACGACCCAACAUCUUCGCCGUCUACGGAACCCAGAACACAUACCUCUUUGCCACGCGCACCGAGGCGCAGAAAGUGGAAUGGAUUCUCAAGAUCGACGAGAGCUACUUCAGCAGUAACAGCGCAAGUGCGGUGGCCAGUGGCGAUGAGCGGUGA